CGUUAGGAUGACGUACUUCCUCUAAGUAUCGGCUUUGGGGAAAACAACAUCUAAAGGACCCCAGCCUCACAGCAAAACACCAAAUAUUCUGCGUUUUUUUCAACUGGUACCGCCUGUGACAUAUUCACUGAAACACCUAACUCCUUACACUCAAAAUGCCCCAGAACGAGCACAUUGAGUUACACCGCAAGCGGCAUGGCUACCGUUUGGACCACCAUGAAAGGAAAAGGAAGAAGGAGAGCCGUGAGGUCCAUGAGCGGUCUCAAAAAGCCAGGAAGUUAAUUGGUUUGAAGGCCAAACUGUACCACAAACAGAGACAUGCAGAGAAGAUCCAGAUGAAGAAGACCAUCAAAAUGCAUGAACAGAGGAAGACCAAGCAGAAGGAUGAUGACAAGACCCCAUCGGGAGCAGUGCCAGCCUACCUGUUGGACAGAGAGGGACAGUCCCGUGCUAAGGUCCUCUCCAACAUGAUCAAACAGAAGAGGAAAGAGAAGGCUGGUAAAUGGGAGGUUCCACUGCCAAAGGUACGUGCCCAGGGAGAGACCGAAGUGCUUAAAGUCAUCAAAACUGGAAAGAGACAAAAGAAAGCCUGGAAGAGAAUGGUCACCAAAGUUUGCUUUGUCGGCGACGGAUUCACCCGUAAACCUCCAAAAUAUGAGCGUUUCAUCAGACCCAUGGGUUUGCGGUUUAAGAAGGCUCAUGUCACACAUCCAGAGCUGAAGGCCACAUUCUGCCUACCCAUCCUCGGAGUGAAGAAGAACCCGUCCUCGCCCCUCUACACUUCUCUAGGAGUCAUCACAAAAGGAACAGUCAUAGAGGUCAAUGUCAGCGAGCUGGGCCUGGUCACACAAGGAGGAAAGGUUAUCUGGGGUAAAUACGCCCAGGUGACAAAUAACCCAGAGAACGAUGGCUGCAUCAAUGCAGUCCUGCUGGUAUAAGACUCUUGACCUUUAUACAGACUGUGCCUGGUAACUCUAAAUUUAAACAAGGAGUGUUGAUUACAACCAAGAACACAAAGAUGCAACAAGCAAUGGGCUUCAAAUCACGGGACUGUCAGGAAGAUCGCUGAUGCUGCACUUGGCAACACGACAGUUUUUCUAACAGGAGGAUGCUCAAAGGAAAAUAAAAUAGGGUGAUUAAUGAGUUAAAGUUCAUAUAAAUAAACAUGAUAUGACACAA